AUGUAUGAGGACUGUGUCAAGACCACUGAGGACUAUUAUUUCCUCUGUGACACAGAGGGGCCAUGGGGCAUUGUUCUGGAGUGCCUGGCAAUAAUCGGCAUAGUGGUUACAAUUAUUCUGCUCUUGGCAUUUCUCUGCCUCAUGCGAAAGGUUCAAGACUGUGGCCAGUGGAAUGCCCUCCCUACACAGCUCCUCUUCCUCCUGGGUGUGCUGGGGCUCUUUAGCCUUGCUUUUGCCUUCAUUUUCCAGUUCAAUCAGCAAACUGCCCCUGUGCGCUACUUUUUCUUUGGGGUUCUCUUUGCUCUCUGUUUCUCAUGCCUUUUGGCUCAUGCCUCCCACCUGGUGAAGCUGGUCCGGGGUAGAGUCACCUUCUCUUGGACAACAAUUCUGUUCAUUGCUAUUGGGCUCAGCCUGUUGCAGACGAUCAUUGCCAUUGAGUAUGUGACUCUCAUAAUGACCAGAGGUAUGAUGUUCGUGCACAUGACACCCUGUCAGCUCAAUGUGGACUUUGUCGUACUCCUGGUCUACGUCCUUUUGCUGAUGGCCCUCACAUUCUUCGUCUCCAUAGCCACCUUUUGUGGCCCAUGUGAGAACUGGAAGCCACAUGGGCGGCUCAUCUUCCUCACUGUGCUCAUCUCCAUCAUUAUCUGGGUGGUGUGGAUCUCCAUGCUCAUGAGAGGCAACCCACAGCUCCUGCGGCAGCCCCAGUGGGAUGAUCCUGUCAUUUGCAUUGCCCUGGUCACCAACGCAUGGGUUUUCCUGCUGCUAUACAUCAUCCCUGAGCUCUGCAUUCUCUACAGAUCGUGUAAACAGGAUUGCCCUUCACAAGGCAACGCCUGCUCAGUCCCAGCCUACCAAUGCAGCUUCAGAGUGGAGACCCAGGAACUCUCAAGAGCCCGAGACAGUGAUGGAGCUGAGGAGGAUGUAGCAUUAACUUCAUAUUCAGCUGCAGCCAGUAUGACUACAGAUGUGGCUGAGGUCAGCGACCUGCUUUGAUGAACCCAUA